AUGGGAAACGCAGUCUACUCUGAUCAGCUUGUCUGUCACGAUACUAUUGAUACUUGUCGCAGUCAUUGUGACAAGUCUGAAUGCAUUUUCAUCGACAACUGCAACAAAUUGGGGCAAAAAUAUAUUUGUGCUCCAAUGGACCCCAGAACAGUAAUGUGGAUUAUAAUUGCCGCCUUUGCUAUCACUGUUCUUGCAUGCUCCAGUCUUGUUGCCUGUUACUUGAUCCGCGCAAUCAGAAGAGCUUACCAACUCCAUAGAGAUAAUUAUGAAGAUCAUGAGAUAAAUUUCCAAAUGGGAAGAGGGGCCAGAGUCCAUCAUAUCGAGAUGCCUGUUCGGACCACCAACAAAAGACCACGUGAACGAUACUAA